CUGGAGCAUGCCUUUAAAGCCGCACCAGAACUUAUGAAGAAAACUGAAUUCUUGGGGGAAAAUGACGAAAUGAAGAAAAAUAAACCGGAAAACCACAGUAAACUAAGAAAAGAGUUUCAGAAUCUUUUAAAAGUUCGACCAUUGUAUACAGAGGAUGAUUAUAAACUCAGCAGGCAAUUCAACAGAGGAGAUGUUCGGAUUCUUCCACUGGACAAGUACAGUUUAUUUUUGCCAUCCAGCGUACGGAAGCGUGGGAAUUACAUAAACGCAAUUUCUCUCCCCUCAUACACCCAGAGACACAAGUUUAUUGUUACGCAUUAUCCACCACCAGAUGACGCUGUUGACCUUGUGCGUCUGCUCGUCGAUCAUGAAUCUGAUACUGUGAUUUCUAUGGACCCUCUGAGUGGUGUUGCAUCAAGCGAAGCAUGGUUGCCCGACUCCGGUGGAUCUAAAUGUAUAGGGCCAUUCACCGUUCAGUAUCAACAAGGAAACUUGACAAAUCUCACUAAGGGUUUCACUAUUCAUAUUUUGACAAAGGGACAAGAAAAAUAUCACGCUGUUGAGGUGGUUGUGCCUACCUGCAGCUUUCAGUCCAACCAAGGACAAUGUGUCAAACAAUUGCUUGAAAUGGUCUCAAUCAUCUUAGGAAAUGGAAAAGAGGGUCCUGUCACAGUGAUGAGCAGCGACGGUGCAGCAAUGUGUGGAGUGUUAUGUGCUGUAUAUAAUGUCCUGCAACAGUUGUCAAUUGAUGAAGAAAUCGAUAUCUUCUCCACUGUUCGCCAGUUACAAAUAAGGCGUCCUGAGUUGUGCUCUACUUGGACAGAGUACAAGAUGAUCCAUGCUGCUGUAAUGGAAUAUAUUGAAACACACGAAGAAGAGACUGAAGACACAAUCUACUCUAAUCAGUGAACUAUAAAUUUAAAAAAAAAUGUAUAUACAUGUAUCAAUACUGUAGAAAUAUUG